AUGGCUACUGCUCAAUCCCAGUUCAGUUCUCCCUUCUCCGUUGAAAACAUCAUCAACUCAAAGAGCCGACAGGGCGCACAGAAAGCCUCUGGGUCACCUCAGAGUGAUCACGAGCAUCAAAUUCCAACACCAGAUGUAAGCAGCUCCACGUCUACUUCUUUCGAGUCGAAAAACGAGGGUCUUGAAACUCACUCACGAACCUCGUCGCCUGAAAUCAACGAGAAGAACCAUCACAUGUCGCGAGAAGACAGCUGCUACAGGCGAUAUCGCACUGCUUUCACUCGGGAGCAACUCGGAAAGCUGGAGAAGGAGUUUUUCAAAGAAAACUACGUCAGCCGGCACAGACGAUGCGAACUCGCGAAUGAAUUGGAUCUUCCAGAAGGCACAAUUAAGGUUUGGUUCCAGAACCGACGAAUGAAAGACAAACGACAGCGACAAGCCACUCAAUGGCCGAUCGAUCCCAACUUCAUCGCCAUGAUGAUGCAACAGCUCGCUGCUCAGCAAGCUACUCGAUGGCCUUUUCCUCCAGCGAUUGGAAGCGCUCCUUCUCCACUUUUGGCAGCUCAGCUCGCCGCCCAACAAAACUCUAGUCUUCUCGCUGCUAGCGCUCGCUUAGGCGCUAACCCCGCUGGCCUCCCUGGUCUUGCUGCUUCCGCCUUGAACCCAGCAGUCUCCGCAGCCUAUCCUACCGGUCUUGCGAAUCUCAACCCUCUUCUUGCUGCUCAGAGUGCAGCUCAACUUGCUGCCCAAAGCGUUUCUCAGCCACGCGAAGUUCCCUCCUCUCCGGAACACAAUCCUCAGUCCCCGCAACUUGAAAUCGAAACUUCGGGCGACGAGAAAAACUAG